AUGGAGUCAACAAGCAAAACAUCACCAGAUAUCUCCAAAGCCGACCACCUCUGUGUGCUAGUUCACGGACUUUGGGGAAAUCCUUCGCACCUCGAUUAUAUCGCAUCCUCACUCAGAGAUAGAUAUGGAAGCCACCUCUACGUCUUCUGCCCGAAAGCCAAUAGCGGCAACUAUACCUACGAUGGAAUCGAGUUGGGUGGAGAGCGAUUAGUGCACGAGGUUGAGGAGACGCUUGAAUCCUUAGCCGAGAAGGGACAAAAGAUCACAAAAAUCAGUAUUAUCGGAUAUUCGCUUGGUGGUCUGCUCGCGCGCUAUGCGAUCGGCUUGCUCAAUGCGCGGGGCUGGCUAGAUAAACUAGAACCCAUGAACUUCACAACCUUUGCCACGCCUCAUGUCGGAGUGAGAGCCCCACUGAAAGGGUACAAGGAUCAAAUUUUCAAUGUUCUAGGGCCAAGGACGAUCUCGGCAUCUGGCCGCCAAAUGUGGCUGGUUGAUUCCUUCCGAGAUACUGGGCGACCGCUGCUCGGUGUUCUGGCUGAUCCGGAGAGCAUCUUCAUAAAUGGACUGAAGAAGUUCCGGCAGCGUAGUGUUUAUGCGAAUAUUGUCAAUGACCGCUCAGUUCUCUUCUAUACUUCGGGUCUCUCCAAAGUGGAUCCAUUCCGGGAUCUGGAAGACCUGAAUAUCAACUACGUCGAGGGUUAUGAAAAUGUCAUUAUCGAUCCCGACCUUCAUGUGCUUCCUCCGGUGGAGAGAAAACCUGAAACCACAAGAGCACGAUUCUGGAAGAAAUUGAAAUCGGCAACCCUUUGGAUACCUCUGUCGCUCCUGCUCGUUGUUCUCGUGCCUCUGGCUUCUACACUCUUCUUGAUAAAUGCCGGGAUCCAGACACUUCGCAGCUCGAAACGCAUUCGAAUGCAUGAAGUUGGCGAGAAUGGCAAGCGCUUUGGAAGAUACAGAGUACCGGUUAUGAUCCGAGACGUUCAGCAUGCCGUGGAGCAAGCCUUUGAGAAUGUCAAUGCUAUUCAAGAACCAGCUUAUUUGUCCAACAGCGACACUGAAGUAUCUGACACAGCACCUGAGAAGUCCGCUAGAUUGUCCGUCUCGAAGUCUGCUCAAAACGAUGCCGACGUUGAGUCUGCAUUGGAUAGACGUUCAUCAACGAUGGAGGCUUCAGCCUAUUCUCCCAAGCUUGCAUUAACCGACGAACAAUUUGGCAUAAUCGAUUCCCUCAAUUUUGUUGGAAUUCGGAAAUAUCCCGUCCACAUACAGACGCACCACCACAGCCACGCAGCUAUCAUCGUCCGAGCCGAGAAAGAUGGGUUCCGAGAGGGCAAGAUUGUGAUAAAGCAUUGGCUAGACAAUGAGUUCGCGUUAUGA